CAGCGCUUCCGGUCGUGCAGAGCUCGGCAUGGUUACGCAUGUGACUGUUUCUAUAUCUCGUUUAUAAUGACCGAUUUAAUUUUAGACUUCUUUGAAUAAGCAUUUUUUGAUUAAAACGAUUUAUAAUACAUAAUGGAAAUUGAGAACAGGGAUUUCCUCAAUACACCUCCAAAGAAAACUGUGCGUUUUGGAGGCACAGUUGCCAAUACAUUAGCUAAACUACAAAAGGGCGACACUAGUGAUUAUGAACUGAUAAAACAUCAGCUGUCAGAUCCUGAUAUCAAGGAUGCUCAAAUUAUCAACUGGUUGCAAGAGUUCAGAAGCUGUGUCACUCAGCUUGGCAAAGAUCAUGAGCAAUUAAUAUAUGUUGUUUUGAAGCUGCCGUGGCUCGGUCGCAGUCAGGCUGUGGUGGAAGAAUAUCUGGCUUUUCUGAGUAACCUGGUGUCGGCCCAGACAGUUUAUCUCAGAUCCUGUCUCAGGAUGGUCGUCACUAAUUUUGCACCAAAGAGAAUAAGAAUUCAAGAAGGAAAUGUGGAUAUUUCGGAUUCUGAUGACGAAGAUGAAAAUCUGCCGAGGACAUUUGAUCAUUGUCAUCAAGCCUUGCAGCUGAUUGCAAGAUAUGUUCCAUCAACCAGUAGAUUCCUGAUGCCGAUCUUGUCCGAUAAGUUCCCUUUUGUGCAGAAAUCCUCCAGAACACUUGAGUGUUACAUACACAACCUGUUGAGAGUUUCAGUCUACAUCCCUGACUUGAGGAGAGACAUCUUAGAGCUCAUCAUCAGCAAGAUGCUCACACUAGAUGUGAGUGCACCACGGAGUGAGAUUGAAGACGUAGAAAGUGGAGUUAAGCAAGUUGCCAUCGGCGCAUCACAGGAUGAAUGCCUCUUUGACAUGGAUGAGGAAGAUGACUCUCAACUGGAUUCAUCGAGACCCGAUGGAGCUGCGAUGGCCCAUCCUAUAGCAGAGAGACUGGACACAAUGAUGACUGUCCUGCUGUCUUACAUUAAAGACAUUUGCCAUGUCAAUGGCUCCUUAGAUGUAGAGAAAACCAAAGCUCUGUACAGAGACCUGGUGUCCGUGUUUGACAAGGUGGUGCUGCCCACUCACGCUUCCUGUCACGUGCAGUACUACAUGUUCUACCUGUGCAGCUUCCGCGUGGGUUUGGCUGAAGCUUUUUUGGAUCACUUAUGGAAGUUGUUACAAGCUCCCAACCAGGCCCCCAUCCUGAGACAGGCUGCUGCUGGAUACAUGGGGAGCUUCAUGGCAAGAGCCAAGUUUUUGCCAGUAUCGACAGUCAAGGCCUGUCUAGACCUGUUGGUUCCCUGGUUGCACCUUUACAUUGACAGUCAGGAUUCAGGAUCCAAAGCAUUCUGUGACGUCAAUCUGCACGGCCCUUUUUAUACAGCCUGCCAGGCUGUGUUUUACACGCUCAUCUUCAGACACAAUGCCAUUCUGGAGGGCAAUAUGAAGAAAGGUUUGGCGUACCUUCAGGGUUUGAAUCUAGAGCGUAUAGUGAUGUGCCAGCUCAACCCGCUGAGGGUCUGUCUACCUGCUGUCACCAACAUGUUUGCAGCCAUCACCAGGAAGUACCAGCUCGUCUUCUGUUACACCAUCAUUGAGCGGAACAACCGCAACUUGCUGCCAGUGGUGAGCUGUUCAGCGGGCGGCAACUUAGUGGCCACUAACACAAACCCACUGGAUACUUUCUUCCCUUUUGAUCCGUAUCUGCUGAAAAGCUCUGGAAAACUGAUUGAGCCAAUCUACCAGGUGUGGGAGGAGCCGUCUGAUUGUAUGAUAGAUGUGCCCAAGAAGGAAGUGAGAAAGGGGUCUAUGGAGGAUGAAGAUGACUUUCUGCAUGGAGAAACGCCUCAAGGAGACUCGAUAGUGGGCAUGACUCCGGGCUCGUAUGACUCUCAUCUGCACAGUCCACGGAGCAUUGGCUCUCCCCCCAUCUCCUUCCUGCAGCGGCCUUUCUGAAACACUGUUGUAGCAAUCAGCUGGU